AUUCAAGAGAUUGGCCCGGUUGUCGAAUGUUGUCGUUGCUGCUGGCUUCCGCGCCUAGGCUUUCGACGAAUCGCUCGCUAGGCGUUGAGCUGAGUAGCUGAGUGAGGCGUAUUGUGUACAAACAUCAUUAAAUAUCGGCGAAUUUGCGCGAGCCCGGUCAGUUGAGCGGUGUGGCUCGUCUAAGCAAGUGGUUUUCGGGUUUUCUCCCUCUUCCCGGGCAAGCUUUUUUUCUGCUUCUCCCUUCGGUUUGUGAAUUGGAAGCUAGGGAAGUGCGCGCUAUUCUGAAACUUAACCAUCCCUUGAACUAGUGCUUUUUCGUGCUCUCCUAAUUAUUUGAGAGAAUUUUAUUCCGUGGAAAUUUCUAAACGAAGAAAUUGUGUAAAGCAAGAACAAAAUGAAUCUACAGCUACCGAAAAACGUGAUGAAAGCGGUGAAAGAGCACGCUGCAUCCGUUGGAUUCAAGGAACCGCAGUUCAAAAUCUCGAUCGGAUCCCGCAAUGGGGACAAUUUUUCCGGCGACGUCUAUCGGAUCGUAAUUACGCCGAGUGAGCGGGAACUGGAGGAUUGCGAUAACAACAAUUCCGAUGGCGCCAUCGUCGCCGUUCCCAAGGUCGUCAGCCUGAUCGCCAAGGUUGCCCCAACGACGCCGCUUCGACGCAGCCUCUACAACAGUUCCGCUCACUUCCAGCGGGAAAAGUACAUCUUCGACAUCGUCCUUCCAACGUUCGAAAAGUUUCAACAAACCCGUGGCCUGAAACCGAGUCGCCUUUUCAACCACUACCCUCGGGUGCUGGCAGCUGAUACGACCGAGGGUCAGGAAUUUAUAUUGCUGAACGAUUUAGUUGCCGAGGGUUAUGAAAAUUUCGUACGCACAGAACCACUGGAUUACGAUAGUGUGCGGCAGAUUCUAACUGAUUUGGCACAUUUCCAUGCGAUUUCUUUCGCAAUGAAAGACCAAGCGCCUCAUAUCUUCAACCAGAUUGUCGGGCAGCUGAGGGAGACUAUUUUCGUGGCUCCAUUGCACCCGGAUUUCGAAGGAUUUCUGCAACGGCAGGUGGGCUAUGCGAUUAAAACCUUGGAACAGGAACCGCUUGAAGGUGACGAGGCUGUUAUCAAGAGGUUGUUCCGCUUCCGGGACGAAUAUGGAGCAGCGAUGGUGGAGUGCUGCUUGAAUCGGGAGGCUGCCGUAGUUUGUCACGGAGACUGCUGGAUCAGCAACAUCAUGUUCCGGCGGGAGACAAAAUUGCAUUCGACGCAGCUAAAUUUCCUGGACUGGCAAGUUUCCCGGUGUGCUACACCGGUAAUUGAUCUGUCCUACUUCAUUUUUUGCUGUACCGAUGCCGAGCUGAGAAAGCGUUUGCCGGAGCUGAUCCAGGCGUAUCACAGUGCCCUCGUGGAACGGAUCGAUGAACUGGGAAGCAACGGGCAACUGUUGUUCCCAUUUGAAUGUCUUCAGAAGCACCUGAACAAGUUCUGCCGGUUCGGAUUCGGAAUGGCCCUGAUGUCCCUGCACUCGACCUGCUGCGUUGACAUGCCGGAUGUUUCGGCUGCCCUGGAAAACGAGCUCAAGGAUCUGGACAAAUUUGCCGUGGAGCUGCUGUACAAUCCGCUCUACAUCGAACGGAUGAAGGGCGUCUGUCGCGAUAUGGUCCGGAUGGGUUACCUAUAAAGUAGUCAUGCUCUGGCCCUGGCGAAUGUAUAAAAAAAGUAGGGAUAGUCCUCGAGUACUUAGUCAGUAUUCAAUAAUCAAAGAUAAACAACAAAACACAAGCCAUAGUAAUAAAGUCGUUGUAAAAAAAUCAACACACAAUUAGAAUAAGUACCUGCUUUAAACGAAAGCAAAAGUUAAGCCAUGAAGAGACGGAUUAAUCCUUCACUUUUUAAAUCGCAAUUAUUGUGCCUAAAUUGAAUUGGUGAAAGCUUUUCCUAGCACAAAACAAAAGGGAAAACUGUGUUCAUUAAUUAAUGCUUUCUAAGCAGAAAACAUGCCUAACUUAUUGAAGCCUUAAUCAUAUUGGUUCUAAAUUCAACAAUUGAAAAGCAAAGAAAUAACUUUGAUUAUAAGUCGAGCUUAUGGAGAAGCACUCUUUACAAACAAAAAAAAAAAAACAAACAAAAAAACACACCGAAUAAGUGUUCAAUUCUCUUAUAAAUUUGUUUUUAAUUUAAAUGAUUAGUGAAAGUUGUCAGUUUAUUUGUACAUGUAGGUAUGUUAUUCGAUUUUAAUUUUAAGUUAAUCAAUUCUUUUUACACUGUUGUAUCAAUUGGAGGUAAGUUGAAAAGAUUUACAAAAAGAUAACGGUUGGAAAUCCUGAGGAAGAAACGGAAAAUUGAAAUAAAAUCCAUUUUUGUGUAAAUUAUUAGCAUUUCACUUCCUAGGUUGAGAUUCAGUAGUGUCCAAUCUCUUUAAUCUUAAGAAAGAGGAAGUCCGAUAUUUGUCCAUAUUUGCAAAUAGAAAUGUUCUUCUUUUCUAAAAGAAAAUCAUUAAGUUUCAUUCUCUACAUGAAAUAUGCAAAAGGUUACAGAAGACACUUUUUAGACAACAAAAUUCGCAUUUGUCUUUUUACAAAGCAUUCAUUUAGCAAAGUUGGUAAAACAAAAUGAGGUUGAAUAUUAUUGUCGUUUGCGUGACAAAAUGGAAACAUAUAUACAAUAAAUAA